CUGUUGCAGAAUUGUUUAUAUACUUGGAUCUGUACUAAAUAUCCGAAUAAAAUGUGGAAUAAAUGGAAAUCAAUCUUGAAUACUGCCAAACCACUGUUUUUUAUUGGGUUACAAACAAACAGAUAUAAGACAAAGUUACUUAGGAAUCUAACAAUAAGUGUCAGUAUAUCUGGAAUAACGUGGCUGUAUAUGAACACACACAAAGCUUUUAUGAAAGAAAGCUUGCAUACAAAUUUUAAUUACUUUAUGGCUGUGCCUAUUACUGAUACUAAAAAACUAGAACAGAAUAAAAAUGAUAUGAAAAUCAAAAUGGAAUUAUUAAUUCUUCGCAUUCAGGUAAGAUACAUUUCAGAAGAUAGGUAAGAUAUUUUUUUUACAUGUACAGUGUCUAAAAUUUUGAUAAUUUAAAUUAUAUUUGAAUUAUAUUAAAUUUAUAUAAUGCUAUUUUAAAGCUAGUUUUGUGAAAAUAAAAUUAUAAAAAAUUUUAAAAUACUUAAAUGCAAUAAGAAUUAUAAGGAAGGAAGUUUCUUAUGACAAUUAGAUUUAUAAGGAAUUAAUUAAUGAAUUAUUAUUUUUUCUUUCUAAUAUGAAACCUUGUCUGUAUUUUUAUUUGGUUUAUAUCACACAAUG